AUGUCGAACAUGAAGGAGGAAGGAACUCGACGCAAAAAAGAGUCGGUCGUCGAUUUGUCGAGAUUUGUUGAUAAGAAGAUUCGCGUCAAGUUUCAAGGUGGAAGAGAAGCCAGUGGAGUCCUCAAAGGCUACGAUCAACUUCUGAAUCUCGUUCUCGACAACUGCGUCGAGUAUUUGCGUGAUCCAUCCAACCCGAGUGUCAUCGGUGAUGAGACAAGACCACUCGGCUUAAUCGUCGCCCGCGGAACCGCCGUCACCGUCGUGAGUCCACUCGACGGAAUGGAGCAAAUCGAAAAUCCAUUCGCCGCCGCCACCGACGACUAA